GGCGGGAGCCCGGGCGGCGCGGGGCGCGGGGCGCGGGGGCGCGGGGACCGCCGCAGCGGCGGGCAGGCCGCGGGCCCGAGCCGGCUGCAGGGGGGAGGCCGCGCGAGCCGCCGAGCGCUCCUCCUCUUCCUCCUCCUCCUCCGAAGUCGCCGCGAGCAGCCCCAGCGCCCGCGCCGCCGCCGGCAGCGCCCGCGGGGACGGGAGCAGCGCGGCCGGAGCGGCCGGGUCGGCGUCGCCAUGGACAGCGACGACGAGAUGGUGGAGGAGGCGGUGGAAGGGCAGCUGGACGACGACGGCCUCCCGCACGGGUUCUGCACCGUCACCUACUCCUCCACCGACAGGUUCGAGGGCAACUUUGUCCACGGAGAGAAGAAUGGCCGGGGGAAGUUCUUCUUCUUUGACGGCAGCACCCUGGAGGGGUAUUACGUGGACGACGCGCUGCAGGGCCAGGGCGUGUACACAUACGAAGACGGCGGCGUUCUGCAGGGCACCUAUGUGGACGGCGAGCUGAACGGGCCGGCGCAGGAGUACGACACAGACGGGAGGCGGAUCUUCAAGGGCCAGUACAAGGACAACAUCCGGCACGGGGUCUGCUGGGUCUACUACCCGGACGGAGGCAGCCUUGUCGGGGAAGUGAACGAAGAUGGGGAGAUGACGGGGGAGAAGAUCGCCUACAUCUACCCUGACGGCAGGACGGCGCUGUAUGGCAAGUUCAUCGACGGUGAGAUGAUGGAAGGGCAGCUGGCCACGGUCCUGGCCACGGAGGAAGGACGGCCCCUCUUUGAACUGGUGCCUGGAAGCGCGGUGUACCACUUUGACAAGUCAACUUCAUCCUGCAUCUCUGCCAAUGCUCUUCUUCCAGACCCUUAUGAAUCGGAGAGGGUCUAUGUGGCUGACUCGCUCAUUUCCAGCGCUGGUGAAGGACUGUUUGCAAAGGUGGCAGUGGGACCCAGCACCGUUAUGUCUUUUUAUAAUGGAGUUCGGAUUACACACCAAGAGGUUGACAGCAGGGACUGGGCCCUAAAUGGAAACACGCUGUCACUGGAUGAGGAAACAGUCAUUGAUGUGCCGGAGCCCUUCAACCAUGUGACCGAGUACUGCGCCUCCCUGGGACACAAGGCAAAUCACUCCUUCACGCCCAACUGCAUCUACGACAUGUUUGUGCACCCCCGUUUUGGGCCCAUCAAGUGCAUCCGCACACUUCGGGCUGUGGAGGCUGACGAGGAGCUGACGGUGGCCUAUGGCUACGAUCACAGUCCCCCCGGUAAGAGUGGGCCCGAGGCCCCCGAGUGGUACCAGGUGGAGCUGAAGGCCUUCCAGGCUGCGCAGCAGAAGUGAGGGGCCUGAUGCCCGGCCCGAAACUUGGAUCUAUGCACCGUGUUCAUCCGAUGAGCGCUGGACAACCAGGGACCGCCCCACCAAGACCGUGCCCUGAACCUUUCCCUUUGCAUUAUCCACGAUGUUCUCGCCUCCUAACUAGGUUUGAUCGCAUUACUCAGACCAGAUUCAAAAUUAGCCAGCCUGGCGACCAGGUCCCCACCGCCCCCCGCACCCCUCACCCACCACAGCCAGCCAAGUCUGAAUCAGCACCACACAUAGAGAUGCCAAAUGAUCCCAGGCAAGGUGGGGUGGGGUGGGGUGGGGGAAUCAUUUUUAGCAUUUUUCUCCCGAUAUUUUCUUCUCACCUCCAGUGCAGAUUGGGUGAUCACAUUUGCGCACGCACCCUGUCAAGGACAGAGAAUUCUGUUUUCAUUCUCUAGAGGUAGUGUCAUUUGCCUUUUAACCUUUGGUCUGUAUCUUGCAAUAGAAUGGCUUUGUUUUGGGUUUUUUUUUUCUUGUGAACAAAUCCCCACUUUUUGGGGUCCUUUCCUGCCGCCAUUCCUGUUGUGUAUCUUAGAUUCUCUUUUACAAGCAAGCACCUCCAAAGGAAUUGGGGCUCCGUGCUAGUGGGUGGGUCUCGCUGGCUUUCUAGAUGAUCGUUUCAUUAUCAUGUCUAAUAUAGGGAACUGGCUCCUAGGGCCGGGGCAUUAUUAUAGCAUUUUUAUUCUCGCAUGGAAACAAAGAUACCUUUGCUUUAAGAUGUGAGAAGACAUACAUUUAAUUUGUUUGCAUUAAGUUAUGGAAGCGUUGUAAUAUAUACUUUAAGGAAGAAGAGAGGGAAAUUAGUCUUUCUAAGCAGCAACUGUGGCAACUUUGCGCUCUAUUUCCCUUGGUAGGAGUUUUUUCUCCUUGGCACACAUUAAAUGUACAUAACAUAGAGCCACCUGGCCUGCCAGUACUACGCACUGAAUUCAAAGCUAAAGAGCAAACUUGAAUUCUAACCCAGAAUUCACAAGUUGUCCUGUUUUGUUUUCACUGCUACUAUUGAGAAAGACAUACUGAUCACUAGGAACAAACCGAACCAUAAUGCUGACUCCUGGUCAUUAUAAUUUCAAAGCACUUACCUGCUUCAAAGCAUUCAGUUCAAAGUUAACACCUGUAUUUGAAAGGCAACAAAAUCAAUAGCCUCCCCUGCCAUUUUGCUAGCCACACGUAAUCACCGCUGCAGAAAUAAAGAGAAAACCCCUGGUUUUUAGUUUAGCUCACUAGAAAUAGAAAUCUCACCAGAUAGCUCUGAGUGAAUUCUGAGUGUGCAGGCUUCAGGUAAGUGUCCCCACCACCUGUGGUACUGAGAGGUCAGGUCAAGGGAAUUGGCACCAGCUUGAAUAUGGCAGCAUUCCUGAAGCCCUGCCAGCCUCACUGAGGAAACAUGAGGCUGUCCAUGAGACCCAACUGAUUGAUGUGGGGUGUGGGAGCUGGCCCCUACACCCGAGUUCUUGGGAGCCAUCUUCUCAGGCUCAGGUAAUUCUCACAGGAAAAGGAAGAAUCAGUCCUGGCCUCUCCAUGGAUCUUAGAAGUUUAUGUAUGUCUUGAAGAAAUGAAUUCAGAUGACAGUGAAGUAGUUUAUUUUUAAAAUGAAUGAGGUCAAUGAAAUGUAUCCAAGAAAGAAUAUGAGCUUCUCAGAGAGAGCAAGCUGGGAGAGAGUGGGCUAGCAUAAAGGACACUCCCUUGCAGCCAGAAUAAAUAGAACAGGCAAGGGUGCUUGCCUUGCACAUGUCAGACCCCAGCAUCCUAUAUGGUCCUCCAAGGCCCACCAAGAGUGAUCCCUGAGCAGAGAUAGGAGUAAGCCCUGAGCACCACGAGGUGUGGCCCUCCAAAAAACAAAACAGAGAACACACCCUACCUUGAGAUGAUGCGGGCAAAUGGAGUGCUGCCACUUGCCCAGGAGACUCUCUAGGCCUGUCCAAGCUACACUGGCUAGGAGUUCUCUGUGCAGGUAACAGUCGUUAGUAGGAUGUUGUCAAGGAAAGGGACUUGGCCCUAGUGGUCCUCUUCAUUCAGUCCCCUCAGGGCCUUUGAUCUUGCUGUGCUGUCCCUGAAAGGAUCCCACCUUUCACUUUUACCAGGCUUCCUCAGUCUUGAGCCUUGGACAGGGCUGGAUAAUUCCCAAACAUUUCUUUGUUUUGAUGGCUUCCUGGCCUUCAUUGGAGCCCCCUCCCAGGGACUCCCUCUGUGGUCAUUUUCAUUAUAGUGAAUUAGGGAGGUUCCUUGUCUGGGAAGGUAGCACCAUAUGAGCAGGCCUCAGCCUGAUCAAGGGAGAUGAUGAAAAUUUCCAGGUGGUGGUGAAGGCCUUGGUUACAGGAAUAUUCACUCAGAGCUGUCUCUGCCCCACCCUGCAUGACUAAACCUUCCCUAGCAGCUUUUCUACAGUAAAUACUACCUUGUGUUAGAGUUAGGAAUAGGAUCAUCUGCAGAAAUGUAUCCUUGAAAGGACCUUGGAUGCCUUUGAAUGCACUCAGAGAAACAGCUGCAAGGACUAAGAGGCCAAGGGAGGAGGGACUAGAGAACAGGCCAGGCAGCCCAGUGGACCUGGGAAAAACCACAGGCCUGGGAAAAAACAUUCCUUUUCGGGCCUCUCUGAGCCUGCCUGUAGUUGAGCUCCUUCCAGGGUUCUUCACACUUGAGAAGCUAUUUCCUUAUCACCCUGAAAAGACCCAGGGGGAGGAAAGUGUCACUGGUUCCUUUGAAUUACUCUCCAAAUGGCAGGAACUGAUCCCCUAACCAAGAACCCAGGGUCACCUCCUCAAUGAGAUAGAAGUGACAAGUUGGGAAUUUCCCUUUCGUGUAUAAAAUUGCAAAUCACUCACCCACAGAAUACACACAUGAUUUUCCAAGAAGGUAUCUCUUUUUCCUGUGUUUGGCUUUGUUUGAAAACAGUUGCCUCCAGCUUCUGUCUUAGGAGUAAGUAAUGAGUUAGAAUCCAACCUGGGUUAUUGGUUUGUUUGGGUUUUUGGUUUUUUUUUUUUUUUUUUGCUUCCAAAAUAUAAGUAAAACUAUGUUGCAAGACUGGUAGUUGUGAAGUUUUAAGCCACAGAUCAAAGGUUUUCCAAACAUUAAAUCGACAUUGUCUUGAGGUACCUCAAGAGACUGUUUUGAUUUUGAUCUUUCCUUCUGGAUUUUGGAGCCUCAAUGUCAUUUUUUUUAAAAAAAGAUUUUAAUACUUUUGCUUUGCCAGCUGUGUGCGCGUACAUAGUCAAAGCAACGAACCGAUUUUAAGCCAUAUGACCACAGGGGGCUGUAACCCUUUUCACCAAUUUUAAUGCGUUUGUAUGUAAAUAGAUGUUUGUAUGAAAUCUUUUCCUGGUUAGGAAGAUAUUUAAAUGAAGUUGAAUCACUCCAGUGCUAUUUAAACCAAUUACACAUUUUCGGGUGAGAAUUCUCAGAGUCUAUGGAGAUAUGAUGCAGAUCAAGUUUUGAUUUGUACAAAUCCAAACCAAGCCUACCAGUAACCCUCCCGGCAACCUCGCCAUGUUGCUGCCUCCCCGUGGAGAGUUCCGUAGGCCCCCCAGUGCCUCCUGGUAUAAGUUAGGUGCUCAAGGAGGUGCAUCCUGGGACAUCGCUCCGGGUCCUCAGGCCGGUGAGUGCAUUCGAGAUGCGGGUGCAGUUCCCCGGAGCGAGUGUCACUUUCUUUGCAGGGCAGCAGAAUCAGAAGCCAGAGGUGGCCACGGGACCCCUGGCAUGGGGCUUGCUGGCCACCAUCCCCUGCCACCCUGACUGCCUAGCCACACUUGUCAGGGAGGCCAGCCUCAGUGGAAUUGGGGUUCACUCCCCUACCUGCCCCCCACAGGAUUUCCCCUUUCUGCCAGCAGCCCCUGCCUCCUGCCCUCCCCGCCUCGCCUGUGCAGAGAGGACGGAGCAGAGAGCAUCUGGCCAGGGGCCCAAUUUUCAGCACAGUCAUUUCCCGUCUCAACUCUGGGACACUACACACCCAAACCCCCAAACUUCCAGCCCGAGACAGACUUCCAUGGAGAGAGCUGCUCGCUGUCUGUGAUGUCACACCGCCUGUGUGAUGUCACACCCCUGCUUCCAAGUUGCUUUCUCAGCUAGACCAAGCUCAUGAUCCCUAGAAUCAGCCUCCCUUCUCUUCCUACCCUUCCUUUCCCAGUCCACCCCCUUAUACUGCACCUCAACACGGCUUCUUUUUCUGCUUUGAUCCUGGUUAUAAUGACAUGAUACACAUUAAGACAAAUGUUCACUGUGGAUACUAGCAAUACGUGCACAGGCCAAUGUAUGGGGAGCUGUCGACUUGCUUUGGGAUCACUCCGGAUCUCCUCUUUUGCAGGGAGAGGCCCACUUGUCCUAGAAGCUAGGUUCAGGGUUCUAUGCUCCCUACUUCAAAAGUUUUUCCUCCUGGGUUUUCUAUGUCCUAUUUCUAUCCUGAAAUGCAUUUAUGAGGUGGUGAAGCCUGUUUUAAGGAUGGGAAGCCUGGGGUACGCUUUCAGCAUUUCUGGCAACCCAAAGUUAACCCCAUCUCAGUUAAUGAGCAUCUCCGAUUGGUCUUUUGUGCAAUUUGAACUAAAUCUAUGAGCCUUAUUCAAUAUCUCUAAGUCUAUGGUUUUUUAAAUUAUGGGAAUUAAUGAAAGAUGUUUACAUGGAUGAUGUUUGCCCUUACUGUGUUACGAAUGAGUUUUUUUGUAGUGUGUCUGGGUGCAUGUGCAAGAGAGUAGGGAAAACUGUUUCUGAAACAAAACUUGACAAAUAUUUGUAAUGAAAAGUAAAUUUAAAGACUGCUCUAAUUGCGCUAUAGAAACAACGCAACUAUUAAACAAAAUAGACCAC